UGACACUCUCCCCUUUUUUUAAUCAUUAUUUUCUCCUCACUCCUCCUCCAAACCACAUUAUGCAACAAUAACAAGUGCAUGUGUUGUAUUCCUGAACCCAGAUAGACCGACUGCCCCUCUCCUUGCUCUCUCGUCUUCCCCACUCCCUCCCUUUCCCUUGGCUUUACUCCCUCCUCUCUCCCUUCUCUCUUCUUUUCCUGAGUUUGAAUGGAGAAGCUGGGCUCCCCGGAUCCUGCAGACCCUCCGCCGGGUGCAGGGCCCGUUGCUGGGGUUUCUGUUGGCAGGAGCUCAGGUGCCGAGGAAGACGAGGAAGACGAGGCAGCAGUCAGCUCCAAACUGUUUCGGUGUGCAUGCGUGAGACGCUGGGUACCACUGGUCUACAGAGAAGAACUCUACCAAGUGUUACGGCUCACGGGCCCACUGACCAUUAACAUCACUACGACUGCAACAGGCUAUGGCCUCGCCCUUGCGAGUGACACACUCAUUUCUCAGACAUACGGCAGUAAAAACUUGAAGGGUGUGGGAGUAAUUCUCCAGAGGAGUACAUUGAUCCUGCUGCUGUUCACUCUGCCCUGCUGGGCUCUUCUCAUCAACUCUCACAACUUGCUGAUCAUCUUGCACCAAGAGGAACAGGUGGCAAAAAUCGCCCAGAUCUACGUGAUGGCAUAUCUACCAGCUGUUCCAGCCAUGUUUGUGCACAUGCUGCAAGUUGCCUACCUGCAGAACCAGGGGAUCAUUCUGCCUCAGAUGUACACGGCAGCAGUAGCAAACAUUUUCAACUUGGGGGCCAACUAUGUCUUAAUCUUCAGCCUCGACAUGGGUGUCAUUGGAUCAGCAAUUGCUAACAGCAUUUCUCAGAUUGCAAUCUGCCUUCUGUUGUUUGGAUACAUCAGAUGGAAGAAGCUCCAUCAGCAAACAUGGGGAGGCUGGUCCACUGACUGUCUGCAGGAGUGGGGCUCCUACAUGAGGCUGGCUGUCCCCAGUCUUUUCAUGGUCUGCUUUGAAUGGUGGAUCUGGGAUGUCGGCGGUAUCCUUGCAGGUGUACUUGGAGAGGUGGAUCUUGCUGCCCAGCAUGUAUUGGUGGAAGUAGGAGCCAUAACAUAUAUGUUCCCUCUAGGCGUCCAUGCAGCUGCCUGUGUGCGUGUUGGGAAUGCUCUGGGGGCCGGGAACACUACCAGGGCCUUAGUCACCUGCAAAGUAGCUCUGUUUCUGUCAGGAAUGCUUGCUUUACUCCAGGGUGUCGUCAUCGCUAGCUCCAAGUCUGUCGUUGGCUACAUAUUCACCUCUGAUGAAAACAUUGUGAACAUGGUCUCACAGAACCUCACAGUCUACAUAUUUUUACAGUUCUUUGAUGCACUUCUGUGUGUUUGCUCAGGGAUUCUUGUGGGAGCUGGGAUGCAGAAAAUUGCCGCCUUGUCCAACAUGGUGUGUUACUACUGCGUUGGUCUGCCAGUGGGAAUAGCUCUGAUGUUUGCUGCCAAGCUCAGGAUAUUAGGCUUGUGGCUGGGUAUCUUUAUCUGUGUUGUACUUGAGAUGGGGUUCUUCCUCUUUCUAAUCUUUAAACUCAACUGGAAGAAAAUCACACACAAGGCUCAACUGCGGGGUGGAAGGAGAGUGGUGGUGAGCCCAAAGCGUCCUAUCAGUACUCUGCUAAAUGAAGCGAUGGUGCCGGACAUCUCUGACUGCCCUAUCACAGAGUUGGAUGGCGAAGCCCUGAAAUCAGAUGGCUACUGUCCAGUCAACUCCAAGGAUCAGGAGCUGAAAGUGUUUCCUGAGGCAGAGGACAACAACAUCAAUGCAGUAGGAGCCGAGCGGGGCGCUGAGCAGAGCGAAAAGACUUCCAAAGACACCAAAACUAUAACACUGCUUUCUGUCACUGAGCUGAUCCUGCGCAGAGGGCUCAUCCUUGUUAUUUCAGUUCUCAUUUUGGCCACAGGUGUGGCUUUCCACUUUGCUUUCCCUGUACCUGAGUUCUCCGCCAAGAACAGUGCCAACUUCACCUUGAACUGGAAUAAUGACUCCACCCCUACACCACUGUCUCCACUACACCAGGACAUCUGAGCUGUCUUUGAAUGUCUCGAGUGGCUUAGCUCAGUUCUCAUAAACUGACAAUUUAGAUCUCCUACAGGAAAAAAGCCUAACAUCCAUAGUUCUGCUUGUAGACCGGUUUUUGUAAAACUACAGCCUGACAUGUUAGGGGGAAAAAAUACGCCUCAGUGCUGCACUGCUGAGCCCAAGAAAGCUGGAAGAAAUAUUAAAUGAGACUGGCAGGAUGAACAAAGGUCUUGCUACAAAGAUCAUCUUUUUUGCCCAGCCUGAGAUGUUCAACUGGGAUCACGAGACACAUUAUAAAUCCCUCACUAGGAGACACCGUGGGUUAGAGAGUUCCUCCACAGAUAGCUUUUGAUUUUCCUCCCCUUACGGCCCGUCCACACAUCGGCGUGCGUUGACGCUUGCCGGCGGGCGUGUCCGACACUCGACCAACAACCAAUCACAUGAAUCUCCCGCCCCAGACACACAAGCACACGGUUUGAUUGGCUAGAGCUUGUACUGGCAUAUGAUUUGAUUGGCUGACGCCUCCGUUGAGGCGUCAAAAGUUGAACAUUGCUCAACUUUUGAAGCGAGCAACGCCAGCAACGCUCCACGUCGCUUCCCAAAAUGCAGUUCGGGUAAAAGUGACGUCACCCCAUUCAAAGUGAAUGGGCAGAAGCGUUGGAAGCUUCAACGCACGCCGCUGUGUGGACGGGCCGUUAUUCUUGCCUUGAUUUAUGUUUUGCACUGACCUCAAAUCAUUUUGUCGUGUUUUAACUGUAAGUGUAAGAUGACUGUAAAUAUCUGUUGUAAAAUGUACAUGUUUAAAUGUAAAUAUGUAACAUGAGUAUAUUAUUGCAUUGUCUUCCUAUAUCACUGCCAAUCCUGUAUGACAGAGGUGAUUGAUAAAUGAUAAGCUAAUUAUUUUUUACUGUUUAUGUAUGACUGCCAUUUGAUUGAACCCUAAUCAAUACAAAAAAUAAUACUUUAACAAUAAAAACUUAACACAGGGAAGCCAA